AUGUACUGGCAGAAGUCAUUGCGUAUGCCAACUAUUGCAGACUGUAUGCCUAGAGACAGGUUCUUCACUCUCAGAACAGCACUGCAUGUUGUGGACACUAACAACAUUCCAUGUGAAUCAGAAACUAAUAGAUUGUGGAAACUACAACCUGCAAUUAAUGUUGUACGCAGUGCUUGUUUGAGACAUCCACGCCCCUCUGAAAAUGAUUAUUCCAUUGAUGAGCAAAUGGUACCAUUUACUGGACGCUGCACAUUGUCUCAGUAUGUUCCAAACAAACCGCGCCCUUUGGGAAUUAAAAACUUUGUUUUUGCAACAACGAAAGGUUUAGCACUUGAUUUUGAAUUUUAUCAAGGUAAAUCAACUCCUCCGCCAGAUGUUGGCCUUGGUCUUGGGCCAUCUGUAAUUCUUCGCCUUGCUCAAACAUUACCUCAAGGUGCAAGACUAUAUUUUGACAGAUAUUUUACAGCUUUGCCAUUGUUGCAACAGUUACUUGACCUAGGGCUGGAAGGAACAGGAACCAUAAUGAAAAACAGAGUGAAAUAA